UUGCAGUGAUGUUGCUGUUCCCAGACCUCCCUCUCUGUGGUGGGCUCACUCUGUGAGGCAGUGCAGCUCUCAGACAGCUCUGAUGGCAGAGCGGGGCCAGGGGGCUGUGCAAGAGACGAAACCAACAUCACCUGUUUGGGAAAUCUAGUACAGCGGAGGAUAAAAAAAGGAGGAGCAGAGUCUUCAUAGAGCUGAGGUCUUGCUGUGUCUGCCCGUCCCGCCCUACUCUCUCUGUCUCGCUUUCUCUCACUCUCUCUCUCACACACACAUGCACAGACACACUCUCCCCUUGCCUCUCCCUUAUCCCCUCCCUGUUUGUCUCCUCCACUCUCCGAUGCUGGUGUGGUGAACAGUAGGACACUCUCGGCUGAGCUGCAUGGAGGCACAGGGAGGGGCAGGGAGCCCAGAGCCCAAUAAAGACAUCCAGAAGCUGCUGAAGCCCUCCAGCUCAGGUGACCUAUCCAAGGAGUUGUUCCAGCAUCCGGGGGGGGAAGGGGAGGAGGGUGGCCUGUCGGGGCACACUGCUAGCCUGCUGCACAUCACGGAGAAGAGACAACCACUGAGUAGUGUGUCUUCUUUGGAGGUGCACUUUGACCUUCUGGAUCUGACUGAGCUGACUGACAUGUCUGACCAGGAGCUGGCUGAAGUUUUUGCUGACUCUGAUGAGGAGAACCACAAUGAGUCCCCAGCAGGUUCCCACCAGCCUGUGCUGCCCAGAGGUGGGUACAUGCGCUCCCCCUCGUGGACACGCUGCAGCAAAGUGGAGCCCCCACGGGAGAGAAAACACCACAGCGACUCAGACACCGCAGAGCCUUAA